AUGCUCCCACCGCUUCUUUUUGAGGCAUCGUUCAAAAUCAAUGCUCAUAUGUUUUUUGCAAAACUUCGCCUAAUCGUUUCAUUAACUACCAUCGUCUACUUUGAAACAUUGCUGAUCGCUUCAGGAUUUAUGCUUCCAGUGCUUGUUCAGACUCAAAAAUUCAAAAUUUCAGCGGUCUUGAUCUUCGUCACAAUAAUCGUUGCCACUGAUCCAGUGGCAGUCGUUGCAAUCCUGGAACAAUAUGGUGCUCCUCAUCGCUUGAAAAUUCUGAUUGAAGGCGAAUCGCUUCUUAAUGACGGCCUUGCCUUGACUACAUAUAGCACUCUUCUCGAAUUGGGCAUUUCUGACCAUAUCAACAUACCAGAGCAGCUCUUCGUUCUCUUCUUGAACGUCGUCAUCUCUCCAGUUAUGGGUAUUAUCGCUGCAAAAACCGUCUCGUGGAUCGUCUGCAGACUACGGGAGAAUAAGAAACGACAGGCAUUCAUUUUGGUGUCGGUGUACGGAGUGUUCAUGCUAUGUGAUAAGUGCUCUUGUUCACCUGCCCUUGGCCUGUGCACAUUCGGAAUUAUGCUGAGUUCACAUAGGGAAGCAAUUGCACCAGAGACAUCUGAAGUGGCGUUAGAACUAUGGGCAACUAUGGGCUACUGGGCGAAUAACGUAAUAUUCAUAUUUGCCGGUUUUUUUGUAGGUACCGAAAUGUUCCCGGACACAGCUUACCACCAGCUACAAGGUUCUGGCUAUUUGGAAGUCGACAUUGAAGAUAUGAUGACUUUUAUCGAAGGACUUCUGCUUGCACCUAUACCACUGUUUGCCAGAAUCGCCUCAGUGUACAUCUUUUACAAGUACUACGGAAUUAUUUCUAAACAACCACUUCCUCCAAGAGCAGAUUUCACAAUACUCGCCUAUUCUGGUCUACGAGGAGCUCUUGGUCUGAUUUUGGCUAUGGAGCUGCAUAAUAAAGGCAUGACUUUCUCCAGUUUGGCAACGAAGGAGGGUUCCACGAAACGUUCCAAGUAUGUGAGGGACACAUGUGUGCGUCUUUGUCGUUUUCUUGACGUCAAAAUUCGCGAAGCCCUAAACGUGAUGCGGCUGAACCGCAGCAGAUAUCUGGUCGGAACGAAUUGGCAUGUCGUCAAGAAGCAGACAACCGACUGCCUUAAAAAGCAUGAAGCACAAAUGGAGAAUGAGAUGAUGCAACAACAGGAUGAAACCGCACUUGAGGAAAUCACUGGUCCUGGUAGCAAGGAGAGGUUGCAGCAUGGAGAUGUUGUGGACGCUCGCACCGGCUAUUAUGGAAUACUUUUGGCUCGAGUUCACGACUCGUGGAAGCGUGGGGCCAUUAGCGGUUGCUCUGCACAUAUCGUCAUCUCGAUUCUGGAGCAUGGUAUCGACGAAGGUCAGAUCACAGCCGACGACAUCGAGCACUAUCUAGCUGCUGUUGACUUUAAUUGCUUCGAAAGAGUGAUGUUCAGGAUUUCCGAAGGAUUAUUUCUCUGGAUUUGUCACGAUACGUGGCUGAAUCGUUUUGCUGAAAUUGGCAACUGUCCACUUGUGUCAUUAGUGAAGACCGACGACAUCCAUUACGCUUCUUCGAGGCCGUUUGAGAAAUGGUGGAUAUUUGCCACGGAAAUCAUGUGUUUCUACUGUGUAUUCCUUGCUUAUGUGAAUUUUGAUGAUGCCGGUGACGUCACUCGGGCUGUGAUCUACCUAUUCCUAAUGGUGAUAUGGAUUAUGAAUGUGGUUGAAACGCUGUAUAUUAUUCACACGAACAAAAACGAUAGCAAAUCAGCAAGUGGAAAUGUGUUGAUGCGAGCACGCAUUCGUCUCGCUGUCUUCUACUACCUCCAUCAUUUAAUGAACGAAACAAAAAUCUCACGCGAUCUUUUCAGCGAAGCCGCCUAUAAGAUCGCUCAAGCAGAGGGAAAAUUAUUUAAUAUGCUUGUUGAAGGGCUAAUGCGUCUAGAGCUGAAAGAAAACGCAGCCGAGAUCGAUGUCGUAUCAGUGAUAAAAACUAGACAAGCCGUGAGAAUGAUGAGCUAUCAGUUCGAAACCAUAUUGAAUUCAUUGAAGACCGAGGGUUUCAUGCCGGCCGACUCUAAGGAAAAGUGGAGCGAAGUGGUAGCUGAUCUUCGUGACAGCGCAGACCGAAUCCUCUGGAUACCAAGCCUAUCAUUUAAGGUCACUGAGUGGAUUCCACUGAAUAAAUGUCGCCAUCGACACUACGAUACUCAUGUCGUUCAGGGAGAAUUUAUUGCCGAAAGAAAUAUUCUUAGGUACGAAACAACGACAUACUGCGAAAUGGUGGAAGUGAGCGCUGAAAUCAUUGGUGAGGUGGUGAAGGCAGAACCUGCAGUUUACACGAUUGUUAGUAACAACGUUCAGGCUGAAAGACUAAUGAUCGAACUGCGACAUACUAGGAUAUGUUGGACCCAGAUCACCCUAGUUGCACCUUGUGCGGCUGUCGACGGUUGUCUUCACAUUAGAGGACCGGCCGAUCUUUGGGUAGAACCUGCGGACCCGCGAGCGCCCGGCAUGGUGUUUUUCGAGAAACGACGCAUAGAAGAAGGGGUCGAGUGUUCAGCACGUAACAACUCCACAAUAUCAUUCAUCCACUACGGCCCAUCACGAGUAAGUGAACUACGACCAGUAACUCGAAGAGACUGCCAUUGA